AUUGAUUGAUUCAAAGAGGAUAAAAAAAAAAAACAAAAAGGCGUUCUUCUUGCUGUGAAAUUCAAAUUGGGAGUUUUUGAAAAUCCCCAGAGAGAGAGAGAGAGAGAGAGAGCUGCCAAAAAAAUCGAUUGAUUAGCAGCGACUUAAAGCCCAAAACUUUCCCCCGAUUCCACGAAAUCGCCACCUCCGAGGAGUCAAAAGAGGUCCGCUCCUCUUUCGUUUUUUAUUUGUUUUUUGAUUGAGGAGAAGAUUAUAUUUUGGAGGAAAUGGGAAGUAAAAGAGAAGAGGAAAGGAAGGAGAAGAUAAUACGUGGGCUUAUGAAGCUCCCACCUAAUCGUCGUUGUAUCAAUUGCAAUUCCCUUGGUCCUCAAUAUGUUUGCACUACUUUCUGGACCUUUGUUUGCAUGCCUUGUAGCGGCAUCCAUCGUGAAUUCACUCAUCGUGUGAAGUCUGUAUCAAUGUCAACGUUUACUUCUCAAGAGGUUGAAGUUCUUCAAAAUGGUGGUAAUCAGCGUGCCAGAGAAAUAUAUUUGAAGAACUGGGACCAUCAACGGCAGAGACUUCCUGACAACAGUAAUGCUGAGAGAGUUCGUGAGUUUAUUAAAACCGUGUAUGUCCAAAAGAAAUAUGCAGGAGGAAGUGUUGCGGACAAGCCUCCUAAUGAUAAUCAGAGCCAUGGAAGUUCUGAAGAUGUGACUCGACGGGCCAACUCCUAUCAUUCUUACUCCCAAAGCCCUCCUUACGACUAUCAGUAUGAAGAGCGCCGCUACGGAAAGAUACCCUUGGGACUUACCGGCAAGUCUGCUUCAGUAAAAGGUCUUCAUUCCAAAGCUUCUAGUUUUGUAUACAGCCCUGGACGUUUUAGUGAUCACACGCUUGAAGACCAAUUCGCAAAUGAGCGGUCUGCUCCGAGAGCUUCAGAUUUCUCUGUGUCAAGUGGAGGAGAUACUUUCAGGUCUGAAAUACAGUCCCCAAAUUUCCAGCAAGAAGGUGGCUUUCGUAGUCCCCAGCUUUCAAAUGCCCCUCCAAGUGAAAACAGGCAACAUCAGAGAACUACGUCUCUUGGGAGUGUCAGAUCAGUUGACAGUAAUUCCACGUCUAUCAAGUCAUAUACUUCGAGCGGUUUAGGGGAAGGCGUAUCUGAAAUUGCUCAAAAUAUAGGAAGCCAGCAGCAAGAUAAAAAAUCAACUCCUGUUCCUUCAGUAACGGAGUCUACAAAGGCUCCUAUCGAUUUGUUUCAGUUACCAGGAGCGCCAACGGGUCAAUCAGUCAGUACAUUUCAACCUUCAACAGGAGCUCCAUCUCCACCUGUGAAUUUUCAUCAACCUCCACAGACGUACACAUCCACUCCAACAGAUUUGUUUGCUGGAAACUUGGGUCAGAAACCCACCACUUCAGGACCACCUGACUUACCUGCAUCUAACGACCAAGGAUGGGCUUCUUUUGAAAAUCCAGUGCCUGCUGCAAAAUCUACGAACAUUACCACCUCCGCUGGAGUUACCGAGUUGCAAGUGAAAAAUGAAGGCAUCCCGCAGCCUAGCACAAGCAUGCAAUGGCCACCUUAUCCAUCAACCGUGGAGCAGCAUGCUUUGUCGAUAUCAAGUCCGUGGCAAGAUGAUCUCUCGAAAGUUCCAAAUAAUGUUGCAGAUAACCCGCCCUGGAAUGCCUUUCCCGACUCUGUGGAGGCCAAUCCCAUGGACAACGCUAACCAUUUCCACCAACAUGGACCAAGUAUUUCGCAAUCUAACAGUGAUCAACACCAUUUUGAACCACAACAGGAGUUAAGCAAUGAUGGUAUCCAAACAGGUGCUGGCUCUUCUGGUUUUGGAUUUCCAGGAAACAUUGCCACGGCACCAGCCUACUCCCCUUACAUGGAAGAAUCUUGGCAGCCUGUAAAUGAUCAAAAGUCAGCUAAUCCCUUCGAUCUCCCUUAUGAUUCCGAGUAUGAAUCAAACGACAUGUUCCUGGACAUGAGUUCUUUACAAGGGGCACUGCCCGACAUCCAGACGCCACCAACCUUCCUUAAUGGUGUAUCACAACCAUGGCUCGCUGCAGAUUCUGUACCAUCGUACCUACCUGCUCCAGCAGGCGCACAAGGUGGCUUAGCAUGGAUGGCUGAGCAAGCAUCAACGUCCCAACUACAGAAUCCUGCUGCACAAGGCCAUGUCGGAGGAAAUCCAUUUGCUUAGAGAUACUCCACGACCUGCUUCAACUUUCAAUGCAUCUAUUUGUUUUAUUUAAAAAAAAAGAAACCACUCUUGUCGAGCAUUGUGUUUAUUUUCUUAGUUCGAAACCAAUUUCAGCUGUAUGUACGUUUUGAGUUUUGAGUGUAUUUUGCAAGUGGACUUGAA